AUGCCACCUCUGCGCUCAGGAAGAGCUUCAAAGGCAUGUGAUCUGUGCCGCAAAAAUAAAACGCGUUGUUAUGCCAAUGAGGGGGUUAAGAACACCUGUCUACGCUGCCAUACGCUGUCUCUACCAUGCUCCCUUGAAGAUAUCUUCGAAAAUCGCUCGUCGAGUCCAACACCAGAGCGACAGCAUAGACGUGAAGCUAGCCUUCGACAAGCUAGUCCUAAUCGAUUCUCGUCUACAGAUGCGAGACAACUUAGACUGGAUAGGCUUGAAAGGACAGUUGCCGCUUUAGUAAAUCGCUUAGAUUCACAACUCAAAGAUAACGGAAAUCCUUCUGGAAACACCGCUCUGCCUAGAACUGAGGAACAAAGCGCACCAUCUGAGAAAAAUCCUGCGCCCGUUUUCCUGAUCCGCGAUGCUGCCAACGAUGCUGGGAUUUCAUCUUCAGAGCAACUUGAGUCACGCUCUGGUAUUGUAUAUGAUGUGAUUUCCGCUGGACUGGAUACGUCGACUGAUAUGCUUUUGACCCAAGUGAGAAAUUCACCGCUGCUACUAUGCAGCGUUCUGUUAAUUGCUGUACGACAUACCACACAAGAUCUUGCAGAUGAACUAGCGCCACGAUUAUUCCGUGAAGCGAAGCGUCUGGUAUCAAGCUCUCUGUUGAUCGUUCCACAAUCGAUCGAACAUUUCCAAGCUAUGCUCAUCUUGAGUCUAUGGUCUACAACAAUUGGGCAAGUGCCUCUGAGCAUUGAUAGCUGGCUCUUGACUGGCUACGCUCUCCAGCAGGGAUUUGCCAGCUCCUGCUUCCCAGAUAUCUCCAAACUUCCUCUAAAUGGGAGCAUUGAUAAUUCUCAUAUUGAUGCGUGGUUUCUCUGGAAUCAUCUGUGUGCAAUCCUGACUCAGGCACAUGUCGAUCGUUGUCAUCUCCUUGUCGAGAGCGGCAACUUGAGAAAUUAUGAAGCAAGAAUGGUAGCCGAGGUUAAGCUGUACUGGGUAAUAUAUGAAAAGUGUUGUGGUCUUCGAGUCAAUUUAUCAGAUGCGAAGCUUGCGCUUCAAAAUUGGAAAAAGCAGUGGGCAAGUUUGUUCGAUGAGCCUCGCUCUCAAUUUCUCCAGAUGGGCUUUCAAUUUGCGCACCUUCUCGCUUAUUACCAAUCUGUCAGGUCACCUCAGACGCUACUGGAUGGCUCUGUUAUCAUGGAGAUGAUCGACCUCUCAAGCAGCAUUAUAAAUCUCGCCAUUGACACGACGGAUGAUCGUACUCGCCAUCUCACCGAUCAUAUCUAUCAUAUCGUAACAUUUUCCGCGUUGACCCUUUGUCGCCUUGUCCACACGUAUGAUGCACAUUUGCGUGUCGCAAAGAUUGACGUCGAUGGUCUAGAUCGUUUUGUGGUAAAGCUCAUAACUUGGCUUCGGUCUAUAGGCUUGCCGUGUCAUGCAGCCCAUCUGCUCAGCGACAUUGUUUCGUUUCAGUUCAAGAAACUACGCCACGGGGCACAGCAAAUGCCCGAAAAUUUCGCAUUUAGUCCUGGACAUGAUCAUAGUACGCUAUCUGUCCUGGCUCCCUCACCUUUAUCCUCGAAUAUUGGAUUUCUCUACCCUGACCUGAUUGGAUCCGAGUUGUUUUAUAUGGAUGAUGGCACUGCUCCAUGGCCUCAAUGGAGCUGA